AUGGCUUCCAGGACGCUGAGGAUCGGCCUCAUUCCGGGCGAUGGCAUCGGACGUGAAGUCAUUCCCGCAGGCCGACGCAUCCUCGAAGCUCUGCCUGCGUCGUUAGGAUUGAAAUUCUCCUUCGUCGAUCUGGAUGCUGGGUUUGAUACCUUCAAGCGGACGGGAGCUGCGUUGCCCGAGCAGACUGUCGAGACCCUGAAGAAGGAGUGUGAUGGUGCUCUGUUUGGUGCUGUGAGCUCGCCUAUCACUGCCACCAAAGGCUACAGCAGCCCCAUCGUAGCUCUCCGCAAGAAGCUCGACCUCUACGCCAACGUCCGUCCGGUCAAAUCUGUCGCGCCUACACCAUGCUUCCCCGACCCAAUCGACCUCGUCAUUGUUCGCGAGAAUACCGAGGACCUCUAUGUCAAGGAAGAGAAGACGUAUGACGGUCCCAAUGGCAAAGUUGCAGAGGCCAUCAAGCGCAUCAGCGAGAGUGCAUCGACGAGGAUAGCCACCAUCGCGGGAGAGAUUGCUCUCCGAAGACAGCGGGUGCGUGAAACAACUGGCGAGACUUCGAGGAAGUCCAUGGUCACUGUCACACACAAGAGCAAUGUCAUGUCGCAAUCAGAUGGAUUGUUCCGCACAACAGCGCGCAAGGCAUUGGAGCAGGCGAAGUUCAAGGACGCGGGUGUUGUCAUUGACGAUCAGAUUGUCGAUUCAAUGGCAUACAAGCUGUUCCGCGAGCCAAGCUUUUACGAUGUGAUUGUCGCACCCAAUCUCUACGGAGAUAUUCUCUCAGACGCCGCUGCGGCGUUGGUUGGAUCAUUGGGUCUUGUCCCAUCGGCGAAUGUAGGCGAUGGAUUUGCCAUUGGUGAGCCCUGCCACGGAUCUGCGCCAGACAUUGAAGGCAAGGGCAUUGCCAACCCCAUUGCCACGCUGCGAAGUGUUGCGCUCAUGUUGGAGUUCAUGAACCAGGAGGAGGCAGCUGCGAGUAUUUACAAAGCAGUCGAUGCCAACUUGGUUGAGGGCAAGUUGCUGACGCCUGACAUGGGCGGCAAGGCCAAGACUGAAGAGGUUGUCAACGACAUUAUCAAGCGGUUGUAA